AUGACCGAUACUUGUAUUGUGUGCUUAGGAGACCUUGGCGAAAGCGCUUCCGACCCGACGCUCGCCGCAGACACCCUGCCAAGACCUACGACUGACUCCCGGCCCGCUGACGAAGUCACUGCCACACGCUCUCAGGAGUCCGACCAAAUCGCCCAUUUGAUCCCUUGCGGCCACCACCUUCACAACGAAUGCCUCAAGCCAUGGGUUGAGCGAGCUAACAGCUGUCCUAUCUGCCGGCAAAACUUCAAUACUGUUGAGCUACUUGAGAACCUUGGAGGUGCAAUCAUUUCUUCGUACUCUGUCGAGGACCGUGUGCAGGUCGCAGAGCUCGAUCCAUCAUUACUUGUCGACGAUCCUGUCGACGACACUGACUCCCAACCAUGUCCCAUAUGCGGCGAUGACGACAAUGAGGAUCUACUUUUGCUAUGCGAUGGAUGCGACACUGCUUCACAUACUUAUUGUGUCGGGCUUGACUCUGUUCCUACCGGCCGCUGGUUCUGCUGCCACUGUGAAGGCCGCCAAAGACCCCGUUCAGAGCAUUCUCGACCUCAAAAUCGUACUGUCUACCGUACUCGCGGUGAAAUCAGGAGAGCCCGUACACGUAAUCACAUCCAAGCUCUUCAUUGGGCUAGAGUAUGGCAGUCUGUCUGGGAUCAUCUUAACUUAGAUUUGGAUUUUCCUUUUGACGACGAGGAAGCCGUAAAUAGAGUGAUCCAACGCCGACGCACUGCGGCAGCAAAUAGGAGGGAAGUGAGGAGUUGGCAACGGCGGUUUAGACAAACUGAACGUCGGACUGCUGUCAGCAGGGCGAGCAACUACCCAUCUGAUCUACUCGAUAUAGGCCGUGGAUGGCCCUCAAGGCCAAGACAAAGAGUUGAAACUCCAGAACCUGAAUCCUUUGAUGAAAUUAGAGCUUGGAAUGCAUUCGAGAGAGCACGAGAGAUUCAAGAGGCUCCAGGCCCCAGCAGAAGAAAAAGAAAGUCUCCUACCGCUUCUCCUGUCGAAUCAGAACAACCCCAGGUUGAAAGGCGCCUGAAGCGGCCGCGUACGCGAAGGGCCGAGGAAUUGGCAGAACUUGCAGAUCGCGGAGAAUCGUCUCGAGCGAGUCGAUCCGCUGUUUCUGCCAGUAGCCCCCCAGCCGACACCGGUCCAACGUUUUUACAGUCGCUUUUGAAAGAAGUUGAAGAUUCAUCUGGUCCACACCGAAUAGGCGCUGCAUUUCUCUCAAGUUCACGAACUCGUUCGGAUCCUGCCUCCCCGGGAGCAUCAUCCCCCGCUCUAUCCCCUGUCUCUUCUAGCCGGUCCUCACCCCGGCCAGUAUCAAACCCAGCCGCUUAUGCAACAAGCUCCAGUGAUCCUUCGACUCCUUUAUCUACCGGAUCAGAUCUAGGCAUUUCGUCACCCGAAUUCUCACCAGCAUGCUCACCGAGUCAACACGGUAUUUCCGUAAACAGUAGUCGUUCUUCUCGCGAAUUGCGUCGACUGGAGAAUGGCUCUUCUCGUCAGUGUUCCGCCGAAUCUUCGCCCAGUCGCGCUGAUCUGUCUCAUCAUAUCAAGUCGGACCUGCAGAAAAUUGUCAGAGCAGCAUUGAGACCAUACUACCACCAGAAACUCAUAUCCAAGGACGAUUAUACGGAAACAAAUAAGUGCAUAUCGCGCAUGCUGUAUGACUUGGCUGCAUCUCAACAAUCCGGCGACCCGAUGGAUGCGGAAUGUAUGGCCCGGUGGGCCGGCUUUGCUAACACGGAAGUAAUGAAAGCAGUCCGACACAUACAAGAUGCGAAAUCAAAUGAAGCCAGCGAUAGUAGCGGGGCAGCAUCGUCAUAA